AUGUCCGACGAAAACAUCUACGACGAGAUAGAAAUCGAGGACAUGACCUACGACGAAACCCUCCAAACCUACCACUACCCCUGCCCCUGCGGCGAUCGCUUCGAAAUCAACAUUGAAGAUCUCCGAGACGGGGAGGAAAUCGCUAUAUGUCCGAGUUGUAGUUUACAGAUUCGAGUGAUUUUUGACGUGGAGGAUUUGCCGAAACCAGAGGAGGGGAAAGGUCAGGAGGAAAGGAAAGAUCAGAUGGGUGUGGAUACUGCGCAGGCUGUUGUUGCGGGUUGA